AUGACUCAAUCCAACACUCACCAACAGUACGACUACAUCGUCAUCGGGGCCGGCAUCGGCGGUCUCGUGGUAACCUCGCGUCUUAGCGAAGACCCCAACACGACCGUGCUCCUCAUCGAAGCUGGCCCUGACCGCAGCGGCGACCCACGCAUCGAAACCCCAGGUCUACUGACAACCCUUUUCGGCGACAAAGAAGUCGACUGGGACUUUAUGAGCGAGCCCCAGGCGCACGUCAACGGGCGCCAGAUACCCCAACCCCGGGGCCGCGUGGUGGGCGGAUCGUCGGCGCUCAACUUCUCCAUGGUCCUGUACCCGUCGCAGCGAGACUUCAACUCAUGGAAAGCGCUAGGCAAUGCGGACUGGGGCGCAGAGGACAUGGCGCCGUAUCUGCGGAAGUUCCACACGUACACCACGCCCGACGAGGAGGUGUCUCGCUUUCUCGCAUUGGAUGGGUACAUGGAUCCCAGCGAGCAAGGGUCGACUGGCCCGCUGCCGGUCUCGUUCCCAGCGGCAUAUGAACCCUUCAACCAGGCUUGGGACGAGACCUUUGCGAAGCUCGGCUGGAAUGAUGCCAAUGACCCGAUCCAGGGUGACAAACUGGGAGCGUUUAUGCCUCCGUUGUCAGUGUGCGCGGAGAAUGCGACCCGCGGCGCGGCGACGGCGUACGACAUUGAUCGACCGAAUGUGACGCUGCUGACUGAGACGAGUGUCGAGAGAAUCCUGUUCGCAGCGGGUGAUGGGGCUGGUGAUGGACAGAGGACUGCGACGGGGGUUCAGGUUUGCCAUGCGCAGGGCACAAAGACGAUUUCUGCGCGGAAGGAGGUGAUUCUCUGCGCCGGUAGCCUGAAUUCGCCGCAGCUGUUAGAGCUUUCCGGGGUCGGGAACGCGGAUUUGUUGCGGAAACACAACAUCCCUGCUGUUGUAGACCUUCCUGGCGUCGGAGAGAACCUGCAGGACCACUGCAUAUCCGUCAUCAGUUACAAAGUUGCCGAUGGCCAGGUGUCGGGCGAUGUCAUGCGCGAUCCCCAGGUGGUCCAGUCGCUGCUGGAGCUGUAUCAGAAAACUAGAACUGGUCCAUUGGCGGGCAUGCCCGUGAGCGCGGCCUAUAUCCCACUGGUGGAUGGCAAGGAGAAGGCUUCGAAAGAGGAGGCUCACCGGAUUGUGACGGAGGCUCUGCAGGGGAACGAUGUCGGGGCGUGCUCCCAGGAGCAGAAAGAUCUGCUAGCCCAAACUCUCCUGGAUGACCGCCAGGCGGCGGCCGAAUACCUGUUCCUGCCCCUGCAGCUGCACAUGAACGCCGGAGGGACGUCCAUGGCGGAGCUAUUCGACAAGAAAGCCGAGGGAAACUACAUCAGCAUUCUGGCGGUGCUUUGCCAUCCGUUUUCGCGGGGCUCCGUGCAUAUCCGAUCGUCUCACGUUGAAGACAAGCCGGCCUACGACCCGGCGUACCUGAGCCACCCGCUGGAUCUGGAGAUCCUGGCGCGCCACACGCAGUAUAUCGAGCAGAUCGCCAACACCGAGCCCUUCCGGUCCCUACUGAAGCCGGAACAGCGCAUCCCCAGCGUGGAAGAGACGACGCUGGCGAGCCUGGAGGGCGCGAAGCAGGCAGUUCAAGACCGGCUUUUUACGUGCUUCCACCCCGCCGGGAGCUGCGCCAUGAUGCCGGUCGACCAAGGGGGCGUGGUCGAUGACCGGCUCCGGGUGCAUGGCACGCGCAAUCUGCGGGUGGUCGAUGCCAGCGUGUUUCCGCUGGAGCCGCAGGGCAAUAUCCAGGCGACACUGUAUGCUGUGGCUGAGAAGGGGGCGGACCUGAUUCUGGCGCAUGCAUAA